UUCUCUGUUCGGCGACUUCUUAGUGGAGCGGCGGCGACGCGCUGAUGUUUUGCGCAGGCGCAGUUGCCUGUCCGUGGCGCGAGUGCGCGUGCUCGGGGCGCAAUGCUGGGGGAGCAUGUUUUGCGGGUCCGGUCCUUAUAUAAACGCAUCUUGCAGCUACACCGGGUUCUACCCCCCGACCUCAAAGCCCUGGGAGACCAGUACGUGAAGGAUGAAUUUAGGAGACAUAAGACCGUUGGUUCUGACGAGGCCAAGCGUUUCAUGCAGGAAUGGGAGGUGUAUGCAGCAGUGUUAUGGCAACAAGCUAAAGAUAACAGACAAAAUUCAUCUGGAAAAGCAUGUUUUGGCACUUUUCUCCCAGAAGAAAAGCUUAAUGACUUUAGUGAUGAGCAGAUUGGACAGUUGCAGGAGCUGAUGCAAGAAGCUACUAAACCCAAUAGACAAUUCAGUCUUCCUGAGUCUUCAAAGCCAAAAUGUUAGUAAAUACAAUAAAGUUUAACAAGACAUAAAACCUA